CACAAAUAGGAAGAAGAAGAAUAAGUUGGACAGAACACAAACCGCCACUUUUUUCACCGUCGCGGUUCUUUCUGCAUUGUUUAUUGUUUGAGACUGCAUUAUUGUACAGUUUCGUCAAAAAACGACGCCAUGCCGGUCAUCUGUGCUGCUAUAGGGUGCAACAAUACGUUUGUCAAAGGGUCGGAAUUCCGAUUUUACAGGUUCCCCCUCAGCAAACCUCAGCUCGCCGGCAAAUGGGUAAACAGCCUGGGGAUGAAGAACUUCAACCCGACCGCCAACACAUGCCUCUGCUCGGAGCACUUCAGGGCCGAUUGCUUCAGGGACUACAACGGCAAACAGUUUCUGCGGGAGGAUGCGGUGCCCACCAUUUUCAGCCAGGGGCAGGAUUCAUCAAAGAUUGAGCUUCGUAAACGAGGGGUGAUACCAAAGGAGACGAAUGUGGUGAAUCCAGUAGCGACACAAGCAGACAGAGACAAAGCGAGAGAGGCCAUCAGUCUGCGCAGAGACAAACGAGGAGGAAUGAGGGGUGGACGAGGAGGCCGCGGAGGUAAACAGCUGAUGGACAGACAGACCGUCGGGGCCAAGAGCAGAGUGUACGACAACAAAGGCCGGCUGCUCUCCAACAACAAGGACAUGUGUGACUGUCUGGACGUGGACUGCAUGGGCUGCUUCUACCCCUGCCCCGACUGCGGCUCGCGCAAGUGCGGGGUGGAGUGCCGCUGCGACAGGAAGUGGCUCUACGAGCAGGUGGAGGUGGAGGGCGGAGAGAUCAUCCGGAACAAGUUUGCUGUUUAGUAAACUUCAUUCAAAAGAAUCUCCCACGAUGGUCACUGCUAUUUAUCAGGAUUUACAAAGACAGACACUGCCUGUGGUAGAAAGCUAUUCUGCUGAAUGUUGGAUGUGCUCUUGUGAAACUUCCUGUUAAAGUUUUUUUUUAUAUAUAUAUAUUUUUCUCCAGUUAAAAAAAUGUUUUGUGUCUUAAGUUUAGUGUCUUAUGUUUAGUGUCUGCAUUAAACAUCUGCGGAGGAGGUUGUUUUUGUUCAUAUUCAAUAAAACUGAAAAAUGUAUCGAAUCCUUGGAUGUGCUGGUCCGUCCAUUACCGCAGCUGACCAUAGGGGGCGCAGUAGGGAGCCCAUUACAUAGAGAGAUACUUUAAUAUUUUCGGAUUAUUCCAUAAGUAGGGAAUCGGUAGUUAAUGUACAACUAGAUGAGGAAGGAACAAAAUAGCUCGAAUAUAUUGAACAUCUGAUUACAUCAAUUCUGUAGGAUUGUAUUUUGAAGGCUAUGGUUUCCCAUUAGGCCCAUGGUUGGUUAACGAGAUUAAUUCAAUCUAAAUGUAGUUCUGAGCAGAGUAUCAUAACAAUGUGGAGGAAAGAAACUGUCCCCGGGUUUUCAACCCUUUCCCCAAAUCCCCAUUCUUGCUAUAUCUCCAAACCUCUUCGGGGUCUGCUCAUCACAGUCACAACUGUUAAUCUGGAAGAAAGAAAAACGCUUAAAGAUAACUGCAGAAGAAGCCAUAGUUGUUUUUUGUAAUGGUUUUGGCACUUAAAAAGAAUAAAAGCUCAGCAAGAUCUGAGGGUUGAAGGCUAAGCACGACCAGUUCCAACUUCAGGAGCUGCUGAGUUAAAUCAACAGAAUGAAUCGGGAGGAAUUAAAGUGUCCUUUAGUGAGGUGUUGGGUCGUAUAGACGGUGGUGUCGGGGAAGGUAAUCCCUCCUAAAUGACAGCAACACCCUUCAUUCCAUCAUGUGCGUUGUACUAAAGCGACACUAGAGAGGCCUUUUAAUUACAGCGACGGUAGAGUCGUCCUUUUAAAAUGUCAUUCGUUUUUAUUUCCAUUAGGGUCUUUUUUUCCCCCGUUUAUCACAGACUGGACACACAAGUGGACCUUACUCCCCCCACCACCACACACACACACUGACCAAAGGAAAUAGACAAGCAGCAUGACACAGCAGUUCAUCACGCUGGCUAAAGAAAGAGUUGCAGAUCUCAUUUAUACACACCCUGCUGUCCUUGAGCUCAGGUCCAGUGUCUGACGAGCAUGGUCCUGCCAAAUCUGAACUGUGGGGAGAAAGGGCAUGUAAUGUGGUGUGCAGUCAGUUUACCGUAGCAAUCACAAACAUGUUUCAGUAACUUUAGGGAGUGCUGUUCUGGUUGCUAUGUUUUCUUAUCCAGUAAAGUCUUCAUAAUGCGUUUCAUAGCUCAUUUUAAAAGGAGCCACAUACAAAUGAAGCUUAUUAAUAUUUAUAAAAACCAAGUCGAUGAGAGCGAGUCGAUGCCAACAAGUCAUUCAUCACAGCAGCCGAAUUUUUGUUCCAAACUCCGAUCUAAGUUCAAGUUCAAGUAUUUAUUCUCAGCUCUGUGAGCAGGAGAUGCUCCAGAUAUCAGGAUUUAAAUGACGCCCACUCUCUCUCAUAUACUGGCUGCUGGUGGGAAUAUUAAGCAGCAGCAACAUCAGGACAUUUUGCUCAUGAAGCAGUUGACUUUAAACAGUGAAUAUAUUAUGUUCUGGUUCGGUCAGUCAAUCACUUCGGUCCACACUGAAAUAUCUCAACAACUAUUGGACGGAAUGUCAUGAAGAAUACCCAAUAUAUGUUCCCCAUAGGCUGGAUUGUAGCUUUCUAUAGAGCGCCACCAUCAGGCCCAAAUAUUACCUCGUCCACUAAAGUAUGUGACUAAAGUUGUAUGAUAGUCAUGAUAGAAUAGUCAAUGUGCACAUGUUAAAGCACCGCUGUGCCAAAGUUAAGCCUCAGAGCUGCUAGCAUGGCGGCAGAUUCUUAGUCUUGUUAAAAAGCCACAUAAUUACAUUUGCGAACACAAAGCAAUGAAUAAAUGACAGGUUGCUUGAGUGGAGGGCUGCAGCUCUGGUUCUUAAAGCAAUACCGUGGAAUUAAUAAUAAUUCUCAGUAUGUUUUCUUUAGUGGAUAAUCACCUGAAUUUAAAAAUCGGUCUGUU